CCUCCCCUCCCCUCUCUCUUCCUCUCGUCAGCCAAGAGCAGCCUCGCUUGCCCCCGCGCACAGAGAGUACGAGGAGCUCUCAGUGACUGCACACACACUCACACACACACACACACACACACACACACACACACUCACUCACACACACUCACACUCUCUCAAACACGCUGGGAUACGGACAGACCCUGAUACUGGAGCUACUGCUGCUACUCUCUGUUGCCCAGUCUCACAGCUGACCUGAGGAGGACAGCGCUUUAAAUCCACAGCUUCUGCAAGCAACGCCGCCCACAAGGUCUCCGUCUCGUCCAACAUGACCAGGAAAGUGUUUACCAACACGCGGGAGCGUUGGCGCCAGCACAACGUCAACACAGCCUUUGCCGAGCUGCGCAAGCUUAUUCCCACACAUCCACCCGAGAAGAAGCUGAGCAAGAACGAGAUCCUGCGCCUGGCCAUGCGCUACAUCAACUUCCUGGUGCAGCUGCUGGAUGUCCAGGGCGGAGGAGGUGGAGGCGGCGCAGGAGGAGGUGGUGGUGGUGGCAUCCAGACCACGGGCCAGUCCCCGGCCGCACUGCUCAGCUUCCUGCGGGGAAACAUGGAGAGCCUGCAGGCCGCCCGACCCUGGACCCUGACCAGUGACACGGACGCCCCCUCGCCCAGCUCCAGCUGUGACAGCUCCGAGGCUUGGUAGGCCUCUCUGGAGAGAGAGAGAGAGAGAGAGAGACACAGAGACACAGAGAGAGAGAGAGAGGUCCCCAUAAACCCACAAAAGUCCUUCUCUCAUGGAGGUCGACUGUCAAGGUGAUCUGUGUUUGACUGAUAGAGUGAGUAGAGGUGGGCAAAGAAGGCUUGGUUUUUGUGCAGAAUGUGGGACGAUAUGGUGUGCUUUUCUUUUUUUCACGCACUUGACUUGAAAAACAUCAACUCUACACAUUUGUAUUUGCUGUAUUUUAUGGACAUUCUCAUCCAAAGGGACAUAAGGGAGGAAAGGGACGCAAGGGAGGAAAGGUGCACACUUUCAUCACUCCCUGGAACAAAACAACCACAACUUUGGUGCAGCCCUGAUGCAUUGGUCGAGUGAGGAAAAACUGGAAAAAUGUUGUAAUGAUGGCAGACAUUGAAAACAUCAAUAAAUGAUGUAUUCAUUUAGUAUUUUUAAAGUAAAAGGUGUAUAGCAGGCAUUGAGAAAUAAGAGAUUAAUUGAUUGUCUUAUUAACUAGAGAGUUUAAUCCAGUAUUUGAAUUAUUCAAUUCUCAUUUUCACUUUACCCACACGACUUGUGAUGCUGAGUUUCUGUUUAUGAUGGUACUGUUGCAGUUAAUUUCAUAACUAAUUUGACAAUCUUACUAAAUUAUGGAUUUAUUUGACACAAGGAUGUUACUUAUAUUUUGUACAAGUAUUUAUGCUCUUUUGUACAAAUGUCAUAUGGC